CGUCUCCCCCAUGCCUUUGAUAUUGAACCCCCUCUCCUCCUCCUCUCUCUCUCUCUCUCUGCUUGAGUGGGCGAAAUGGCUCGACCCUUCGUCCUUCUAUUCCUCCUUUCCUUGAUAUCGAUCUUUCCUUCCAAAAUCUCGCCGGAAUCCCCUGCCGAUCUGGUAGCUGACCUCCUGGCGCUGCAGCAGCGGUCCCCUUCCGGGGUCAUCCGUCUGGACGACCACGCCAUCCGUCGGUUCCUCCUGGGGCCGCCCACCCCCCGCCCCUAUUCCCUCCUCAUCUUCUUCGACGCCACCCAACUCCAUGACAAGCCCGAGCUCCGCCUCCAGCAGCUCCGCUCCGAGUUUGCCCUCGUUGCCUCCUCCUUCAUUAAGAACAAUCAAGGCCAGGACUCCGAGACCCAACUUUUCUUCUGCGAUUUGGAAUUCAAGGAGUCCCAGACGAGCUUUGGCCUCUUCGGCGUCAACGCUCUUCCCCACAUCCGUGUGGUCCUUCCCCAUGUCAGGAAACUCGCCGAUUCCGACUCCAUGGACCAGGUCGACUUCUCGCGUCUGGCGGAGGGGAUCUCCGACUUCGUUGAGGCCAAGGCAAAGCUCUCCGUCGGCCCGAUCGAACGCCCGCCCCCGAUCUCCAAGACUCAGAUGAUGAUCUUGGUGCUGAUCCUCUUGGUAUCUGCGCCCUUCGUGGUGAAAAGAGUUCUGGAGGGGGAUACGCUACUACACGAACCCAAGAUGUGGCUAGCGGGAGCUGUCUUCGUCUACUUCUUCAGCGUUUCCGGGACGAUGCACAACAUAAUUCGAAACAUGCCUAUGUUCAUCGCCGACCGCAGCGACCCCUCGAAGCUGAUAUUCUUCUACCAAGGCUCCGGAAUGCAGCUCGGGGUCGAAGGGUUCGCUGUUGGAUUCCUUUACACCAUCGUCGGUGUGCUGCUCGCGCUCGUCACUCACGUCCUCAUUUACGCGAGGAACGCGAAUCUGCAGAGGGCGGGCAUGUUCGUGGCAAUGUUGGUCUCGAUUUGGGCUGUCAGAAAGGUCAUCUAUUUGGAUAAUUGGAAGACAGGCUACGCGAUUCAUAGUUACUGGCCUUCUCCAAGGCGUUGAAGGUUAAAUUUUGUUCUCUUGCGAGAUGCCUGUGUCAUCGCUACCAAACGUAAUCGAGUUGGAACAAUCCAUUGGAGGAUACGGUGGCAUCAUUUUGUUACAUUUAGUAGACACAAAGUUGUAAGCUUCAUGUUUAACGUGCCUUGGUUUGAGCAUGAUGUUUACUGAACUUGUUUCUUGUUAUGUUGUCUGACCUGAGUUGGGAACUAUCCUAUCGAGGAGUCACGAAGAUCAUUUAGUUGAAUUUAGUAGUCUCAAAUUUUCACAUUUAA